CUCUGCAGCCCUGGACUCUGCGCACAGUGGGCAGCAGGCAGCCACCAGCACCGGGAAGCUUCUUCUCCCGCUUCUCCGCUCUGGUUCCGGAUCCUUCUCCCGGAGGCCACUCACUGGCUCUGCGGACGCGUGUUCCAGCCACCCAACGCCAGUUCGCGGAGUCCCAACCCCGUGCCGCUGAGCUACUUGGAGGACACUUUCCCGGAGCUCAAAGUUGCCCAGCGUGCACGGUCAGACCUGGCGAGUGAGCUCGGACUGCAGUAUCCGCGCCAGCACUCGGCAACUUUGGAGAGAAGAGCAGCCGUCCCCGCAGCGGACAGCAGCAGCUACGAUGAUGACUCCCUGGCUUGGGCUUGUCGUGCUCCUGGGCUGCUGGAGCCUUGGGCACUGGGGCGCCGAGGCGUGCACAUGUUCGCCUAGCCAUCCCCAGGAUGCCUUCUGCAACUCCGACAUAGUGAUCCGAGCCAAAGUGGUGGGGAAGAAGCUGGUGAAGGAGGGGCCUUUUGGCACACUGGUCUACACCAUUAAGCAGAUGAAGAUGUACCGAGGCUUCAGUAAGAUGCCCCACGUGCAGUACAUCCACACGGAAGCCUCUGAAAGUCUCUGUGGCCUUAAACUAGAGGUCAACAAAUACCAGUACCUGCUGACAGGCCGUGUCUAUGAAGGCAAGAUGUACACAGGGCUGUGCAACUUUGUGGAGAGGUGGGACCAGCUCACACUGUCCCAGCGCAAGGGGCUCAAUUACCGCUACCACCUGGGUUGCAAUUGCAAGAUCAAGUCCUGCUACUACCUGCCUUGCUUCGUGACCUCCAAGAAUGAGUGUCUCUGGACCGACAUGCUCUCCAAUUUUGGCUACCCCGGCUACCAGUCUAAACACUACGCCUGCAUCCGGCAGAAGGGUGGCUACUGCAGCUGGUACCGAGGAUGGGCCCCUCCAGACAAGAGCAUCAGCAACGCCACAGACCCCUGAACGCAGACCUGUCCCACCUCACCUCCUUCCCAUCCCACUGAGCCUCCCGGACACUAACUCUUCCCAGAUGAUGACAAUGAAAUUAGUGCCUGUUUUCUUGCAAAUUUAGCACUGGGGACACUUAAA